AUGGCGAGCAGCGCCGCCUCGCCGCCGCGGAGGCAUCGGAAGCGCAUGUCGGUCGCGCGCUUAUCGAGUGACACGACGGCUUCGCUACCGGCGUACUCGCUCUCCCCGUACGCGCGCUCGACCCCGAGCUUUGGCAACUUUGGCGGUGUCGGACGCGGGGAGGAGGGGGAGUUUGGGGACGAUCCGCCCAGCUACGAGGCCGAUGACGAUUCGUCCGAGGACGAUGUCCGCCGCCGGCUGCCGCUCUCUCCGCCGCCGCCGCUGCACCGGCGUCGAAACAGCCGGGCGUUGGCGCCCCUGCGGCCGUCCCCGCGCUUGCCGCCCUCGCACAGGUCGCGGCCGUCGGCGUCCAGCCUGAGCCCGCUCGCGCUCUCACCGUCCAGAGUACGGUCCCGAUCUGCAUCACCCGGCGGCUCCGAGUCAGAGUCGAACGACCCUAACUUGGACGACCUCCUCGCCCGCUCCAUCCAGGCACUCGAAGUCUCCAACGCCCUCCUCCAGUCCUCGAUCACCACCCAGUCCUCCCUCGCUGCCAUCGCAGCCAACGACUCCCCUCCGCAUUCCGCACCCCCUCGCCAGACUCCGCAGCUACCCGUUCCUGAACACCGAACUUUGCCGGCCAUCAUCCACAACCCAAAGCCUGCUCUCGACCUCGAUAUGGACGGCAUCAGCCAGAGUCUGCCCGGUACUGCUGGACCCUCACCCUUGCACCAGCGACUACGCUCGCACACCCGCAUUCGCUCGAGCUCCUCGACGGAUCUGCGCUUGAAGACCGACCCGGACAGCAACAGCGCGGGAAACCUGCAAUUCGGUGCUGCUGGUCGCUCUCGGUUCGUGUCCCCCGCACCUCGUGCGUUGACGCAGUACAUCGACUUCGAUCCCCACAAGAACCCGGAUGAUGCAACUCUCGAACUGCCCUCGACCCUCGGACUUCGCGCAACUGGCUCGACCCACAAUCUAAGCGCCGUCCAGUCACCCACGGAAGCGAGUGUCAACGACUUGCCCGAUGCGAGGAUCGACGGACUACCAAACACGUCUUCGCCGCCUAGGAAGCCCUCCCUCUUCCGGCCCGGUCGUACCGCGCCUCUCCCGCCGCCCGUUCAGGCAAGAGAAGCGCCCAGAUCGCCUGAACCCCCGCCCACGCCGUCGGCUUCGUCAUUGCUGUCAUCCUUCCUCGCCCGCCGCCCCUCGGCUUCUGCCGCCGGCAAGAAUGCCCGCUCACCACCUCUCCGUCCCACAAGGCGUCGCGCCAGUAUCGAGACGGCCUCCGCUGAAGUUCCCCGCCCGAUCUCCUACCACUACGACCCCACACAAACUCAAUUACCACAUCGUGCACCUGCGAGCCUGUCAUCGACACCCUCCUCCAGCACAACUGUCUUACGUCCCAGUCGCAGUCCAACGCCUACGCGCGGCAAUCGUGCGGCACCCCCUACCCCGCUUAUCCUUCCAACGCGCGCCAUGACGCCUCCGAUUGAGGUCUCUUCGCCCUCACCCGACUCUGAAGACUACUCCCGCUCGUCUUCGGAUAUCCCGAACCCCGUGCUCUCAGUACAGGCUUUGCGGCGUAUCAUGGCCGAUCAACCGCCCCCACCCCCUCGUGGAUUACAACCGCGGACGCGCGCAGUUCCCACUGUCGGGACAUCGCAUGCGACCGCUAGCAUUUCCCGCCUCUUCACCCGUGGUACGCAUAUGCACGCCGGGAGUGAGGACGCGCGCGCGGCGAGGAGAAGCGUUUUGAAGAGACCUGGCCUCAAUGGGAGCGUGCCGCCCAGCCCAAGCAUCGCGGGUAGCGAGCAGGGCAGCCAACCUUCAACGCAACCGCCAACACCCAGUGCGAGCUUCUUGGGGCUGCACUUGCCGUUCGGAGGGAGUGCGAGUAGUUCCGGACGCAGUACGCCGAACGGGACACGAUGCGUUCGGGGAGGUGCCUGUGGCGAGUUCAGUCGUGCGGGAGAGGAAACCGUACGGGAGGAGUUAUCAUGGGAUGGAGGACUUUGCGGUGUAGGCUCGAGAGUGAUUUGGCGCACAACACACCAUGCGAUACCUCGCGUCAGCCCAUCCAUAUCCUCAGAAUGCCGCACGGUCGGACGUGCUUGUCCAUUACAUCUUACUGCUUUCUAG